AUUUUAAAUAUUCACAACAUUAGAAAACUUUCUCCCUUCUUUAGAAGUAAAUUGAAGAAAGACGUACGAUAUAAGUAAACAAGAUGAGUGACAAAAAAGUUGAUCAAAUAGUGAAAGAUGAUGAACUUGACGAGUUGCUUGACAGUGCAUUGGAAGAUUUUGAUACAGUAGCAACAAAGAAUGAAGCUUCUUCAUCGUCAUCUAAGAAGAAAAGUGAUGAUGAAGUUGAAGAUCCACCGAUGGAGACAUUAUGGAAUGAUGAGUUUAUAGCACAACAAGCCAAAAUGUUUGAGAAGCAAAUGGGCGAUAUCUUUGGAGCUGGUGAUAAGGAAGUAACUCCUGAACAGCUAAACUUAGGAUUUCAACGUAUUGCGGAAGCUGCUGCUUUAGCAGUUGAUCCAAACAGCUCACAACUUCCACAAGUUGAUCCGGCAUUCACCCAAAGCAUUUCUGAUGUUCUGAAAGGUUUAAGUGAAGGCCAAGAAAACCUGCAGCAACCAUUUUCAACUGACGACAUUGCUGGAAUGUUUGGAAAUGUAAAUCUUAAUGAAUCGGGCGAUAACAAUGCAUUCCUCCCUUUCAUGCAAGGCAUGAUGCAAAGUCUUUUAUCUGCUGAAGUUCUGCUGCCUAGUCUCAAAGAAAUAGUCACAAAAUAUCCCGCUUGGUUAGCAGAAAAUGGCUCUAAAAUCACAGCUGAUGAGAAAGAACGUUACGAAAAUCAAUUGAAACUUAUGCAAGAAGUUUGUGGCGAACUUGAGAAAGAAAAGGCAAAUGACAGUGCAGAAGUAAAGAAAGAAAGAUUUAACAUCGUUCUCGAUCGUAUGCAAAAAAUGCAAGAACUUGGCCAACCUCCAUCUGAUCUUGUCGGAGAUGGAGCUGAAAAUGUGAUCCCAAAUCUUGCAGACGGAUCACUUCCCACUGGUGAUCAAUGUUCAAUAAUGUAGAUCGUCUCUGUCUGUUUUGUUUCUUUUUUCUAUUCUUUUUAUAUUUCUUUGAGUGAUGCACGCAUACGAAAGUUGAACGUUACCAAUAAAACGUAGUAAAGCUAAAUAGCUAAGAGUGUGGGUGGGUAAAAACAAAUUAAAUAAAAUGUUGCAGGAACAAUAAUCAAUAACAUGGAAAUUAAAAAAAGGAGAAAAAUUAAUUUCAAUAAAGUAAUUUAAUUAUUUUGACCAA